AUGAAGGGACUUCAAAGCGGAAUCAGCAUUGCCAUGCUCGCCAGCAUGGCCAAGGCUACACUUAUCUCGGGAGAAAGUGGUGUGGAUGGUGGACAAGGAGCAUCGCUGCCGAUUACCAAUGGUUUUAGCUCCACUGCGAAUGAGGAGCAUUCCGACGAUCAUGCCGUUGAUGUUGAUGCGAAGAAGAAGUUCGUGGAUGAGCAUGCUCACCGCGGCCACCACUGGCCUAGGGAGGAAAUCAACCAAAAAGGCAAUGGAAAUGACAACGAACACUACUACGACCCGCACAUCAAUGUCAAGUCGAACACAGUGAACGAGUCUCACGAGGGUGACCAUUCGGUUCAUGUUGACAAGAACCUGGGUGCUGUGAAAGGUGCGACUCACAGCCGCCCACACCACCACGGUCGGUCAGAGCCUGACCUGAUCAAUGGUGAAAGUGGAAUUGAUACAAGCAACUCUGCAUCGUUGCCGGUGACGAACGGUUUCUCGUCUACUGUCAAUGAGGCGCACAGCGACGACCACUCGUCUAAGGUCAACAAAGACAAGACGGUUGUCGACGACGACAAGCACCACCACCCUCACGGUCACCACUGGGUGCGAGACGACAAGGACCUGAUCAGCGGGGAAUCGGGUAUCGACACGGGCAACUCUGCAUCACUGCCCAUUACGAACGGAUUCUCUUCCACCGUAAAUGAAGCUCACUCAGAUGAUCACUCUGCUGAUAUCGACAAGGAUAAGACUGUGGUGGACAAGGAGCACCCGGAGCACGCAAAGCACCCCAAGCACCCGGAGCACCACCACUGGGGGGAGUCAGGCAUUGAUACCGGAAAUUCUGCUUCCCUGCCGAUCACGAAUGAAUUUUCCAAGGACAACCAUGCAGUGGAUGUUAAUAAGGAUGACACGGCUGUCGUCGAGCCUGAGCAUCCGAAAGAGCACAAUUGGCCGCACCACCACCCCCGUGGUGAACGUGAAGCACCAACCUUGAUCAACGGGGAGUCUGGCAUCGAUACCGGCAAUUCUGCAUCACUGCCCAUCACGAAUGGAUUCUCGUCUAGCUAUAACGAAGCGACCGAGGAUAACCACGCCGUUGAUUUCAACAAAGACGACACGGCCGUGGUUGAGCCAGGACAUCCUGAAAAGCACGACCGGCCGCACCACCAUGUUCGCGGGGAACGUGAAGAACCCACUCUGAUCAACGGGGAGUCUGGAAUUGAUACCGGGAACUCUGCUACAAUUCCAAUUACUAAUGCAUUCAGCUCUGAAUACAACGAGGCUAGCAAGGAUGACCAUUCUGUGGACGUGGACAAGAAGAAGAGCGUGUUCGAUGACGCGCACCACGGGCACCCCGACCACCCCAACUUGCCACACCCCCAUUCUGGGAUCGAUACUGGCAAUGAGGCAGUUAUCCCUAUCACAAACGCUUUCAGUUCUACAGACAAUGAGUCUUAUGACGACGAUCACUCUGCGGAUGUCAAUGUCAAGGACACCGAUGUCACCAAACAGGCCCACCCGCACCGCCAUCCCCAUUGGCCUCGGGACCUAAUCUCAGGAGAGUCUGGGAUUGACACCGGGAAUGAAGCAAUUAUUCCGAUUACCAACUCAUACAAGGACAACCAUUCGGCAGAUGUCAACGUCAAGGACACUGAUGUGACAGGGCCUGAGCACCGCCCUCACCAUCAUCAUGAACGUAUUGACACCGGUAACUCGGCUUCACUACCCUUCACAAACGAUGAUCACUCCGCGGAUGUCAAGCAUAAGGAUACUGUUGUCAAGACACCCUCGCACCACCAUCCCCACCCUCAUUGGCCCCGUGAUCUGAUCAAGUGUGAAAGCGGUAUUGACACGGGCAACUCUGCUAGUCUGCCGAUCACCAACAGCUUCGCAUCUCAGGUAAAUGAAGCUAGUAAGGACGAUCACUCCGUUGAUUACAAGCCGGACCCCAAGCCGGUUCCAGUGCCUGUGCCCGGCGAGUCAGGAAUUGACACUGGCAACUCAGCUACUCUUCCCAUUACCAAUGCUAAGGAUGACCACUCGGAGCAGCCAGACCCAAAGCCAGUGCCUGUGCCGGUACCUGUCCAUGGACAUCCCCACCCCCAUCACCCACGCGACUUGAUCAAGGGAGAAUCUGGCAUUGACACCGGCAACUCUGCUACAAUUCCAAUUACUAAUGCAUUCAGCUCUCAGUACAACGAGGCUAGCAAGGAUGAUCACUCUGUGGAUGCCGACGUAAAGGACACGGCUGUGAAGGGGGUGCCUGUCCACCAUGGCCGCCCAGACCACCACCAUGCUCGCGACUUGAUCAAGGGAGAAUCUGGCAUUGACACCGGGAACUCUGCUACAAUUCCAAUUACUAAUGCAUUCAGCUCUGAGUACAACGAGGCUAGCAAGGAUGACCACUCUGUGGAUGCCGACGUAAAGGACACGGCUGUGAAAGGGGUGCCUGUCUACCAUGGCCGCCCAGACCACCACCAUGCUCGUGAUCUGAUCAACGGAGAAUCGGGAAUUGAUACCGGCAACUCUGCAAGCAUUCCUAUCACCAAUGUCUUCUCAUCCCAGGAGAAUGAAGCGCACCAGGAUGACCACUCCGUGGAUGCAGAUAUCAAAGAUACAGCAAUUGAUCGUCCCGAGCACGGACACUUGCACGGACACCCACAUCUACCCCGGGACCUGAUCAAGGGUGAGUCAGGUAUUGACACAGGAAACUCUGCAACCAUCCCGAUUACGAAUGUUUUCUCGUCUGAAUAUAACGAAGCUGAUAAGGAUGAUCACUCCGUUGAUGUGGACUCCAAGAAAACCGAUGUGGAUGAGCCGCACCGGCACCAUCACCGCGCAGACGACAGUCUCAUUCAGGGUGAAUCUGGAAUCGACACUGGGAACUCCGCCAUCCUCCCAGUCACCAAUGUAUACGGCCAGGCUACCAAUGAAGCUUACAGUGAUGACCACUCUGUCUCCGCCGACGUGAAGGACACUGACGUGGACGCUCAUCAUGAGCCAACUGAGCCCCACGACUCGCAUGAUCCGCAUGACUCCAGCAAACCACAUGAUGUUGGAGUCGACCCCAUUGCUCACUCCGGCGAAGAUGAUUCGGCCAAGGACGUUGACUCGAGCUCAAGCUGCGCCUCACCAGUCGUCCACGAGAUUGUCCACACGGUUACCCGCACAUUGAGCGGUGGUCCAAGUCGGAACACUGGACUCCCUGAACACGGAGGACAUGGGGCACCCGUCUUCAACGAGCCUUUCACAGGGGCCGUUGAUGCUGUCGCUCAAUCCACACCCGCCUACAAUGCACCAGAGGUUGCCGCAGGAGCCGCAGAGUCCACACCCUUCUACAAUGCCCAAGCCCAGCCAACCGGGCCCAGCAUCGAGUCCGUUCCCAUAUACAACGCACCUGCCGAGUCCACGCCAGCUGCCGCCCCGUCCAACCCCAUGUACAAUGCCGCUGCUUCCAUCGCCGACCCAACUGGUGUAUCAGCCCUGUACAACUCUGACCUCUCGGAACCAGAGCAUGUACCUGACGUCGCGGCAUCCUCUGCAGCACAACAGCCCGUGGCCAUGAGCUCCAACGUCGCCAUGGACCCUGCCCCUACUGCCCCCUUCCCCGGCAACCUGGACAGCAUCGCCUCGACCAUCACCAUCCAAGAGGCCUCCACCUUCCAUAUGAUCCCUGUCUACGUUCCUGCACCCACUGAAGCCUUCCGUGGAGCCGCAGCCGCCAGCAGCCUCGGGGUUCCCACACCCAAGCCCAGUGGCUCUGUGGCUUCCGAGCCAUCUUUCCGCUACGACCUGCCGGGACCGUCCUCCACGCCUUCCCCCUCGGCAAACAGCAUCAUGUUCACUGGCGCAGGCGCACAGGUUGCUCCGGUGCAUGGCUUCUUCCCCAUCGUCACAGGUCUGGUCGCCCUUAUGGCCCUGAUCUUGUAAAAGCUAUGCAGCAGCAGAUUAUCCGUGGAUCCAUUAUUCCCGAGAAUGUCCCAUACAUUUCAUGUCAUUCUUUUGCCUAAUCAUCUAUAUCGGAUGCUCUUCGUUCAUAAUCCGUGUCACUCGCUUUCAGCAUUAAUUGAUUUGCAUGUAUCUGUUACCUUUUUCUCGAGAACUUAAUCCAAC